AUGUCAAACCCCGCUGUGUUAGCUGCCGCUGCCGCCUCCCAACCUAAUAUGAGCGUCAACUCGAGUAAUAACCUGGUGGUCGGUUUGCACUACAAGAUAGGCAAGAAGAUCGGAGAAGGCCUGUUUGGUGUGCUCUUUGAGGGCUCCAACAUCAUCAACGGCGUGGCCGUGGCGAUCAAAUUCGAGCCUAGAAAAACAGAGGCGCCCCAGCUUCGGGACGAAUACAGAACCUACAAGCACUUGCAAGGAUGUGAGGGUAUCCCCAACGCCUACUACUUUGGCCAGGAGGGCUUGCACCUGAUUUUGGUCAUUGACCUCUUGGGUCCUUCGUUGGAGGACUUGUUUGACUGGUGUGGCCGCCGCUUCAGCGUCAAAACCGUGGUGCAAGUGGCCAUCCAGAUGAUAGACUUGAUCGAGGAGGUGCACCGUCACGACCUCAUCUACAGGGACAUCAAGCCCGACAACUUCUUGAUCGGGCGCCAGGGCUUUCCCGACGAAAACAAGGUCCACCUCAUCGAUUUUGGCAUGGCCAAGCAGUACAGAGACCCAAGAACGAAGCUGCACAUCCCCUACAGAGAAAAGAAGUCCUUGAGUGGUACCGCCCGUUACAUGUCCAUCAACACACACUUGGGCCGCGAGCAGCUGAGAAGAGACGAUUUGGAGGCUCUCGGUCAUGUGUUCUUCUACUUCUUGCGUGGCCAGUUGCCAUGGCAAGGUUUGAAGGCCCCUACCAACAAACAGAAGUACGAGAAGAUUGGCGACAAGAAAAGAACCACGGCUGCCACGCUCUUGUGCGAUGGCUUGCCCGCCACCUAUGAGGAAUACAGAAUGUUGUUACUCUCUGUGUUGGACGACUUGGGAACCCACUGCGACGGCAACUUCGACUGGAUGAACCUUAAUGGCGGCAAGGGCUGGGACGCUGCCAUCAACAAAAAGCCAAAUUUGCACGGAUACGGCCACCCCAACCCACCUAACGAGAGGGAUAGACGCCACCGUGAUCAGCGUAGAAACAGAGCUCACCAUGGCCAGACAACGGCUGGCCAGAUCCCCGCCUCUGCUGCCAACAACAACUUGAACGGCGUCCAAGGCCAGCUGCAACAGAUGUCGGCUGCUCAGACCCAUCAACAGAAGUUGCAGCACCUCAUCAACAGACCAUUACCACCCAUCAAGCAGGAGACGCCAGCUCGCCUGAACAUGGCAGUUAACAUGCAAGGCUCCGACGUGGUGAACGGUCAGGGCAACUUCAAAAACUCGCAUCCCAACUACGCCAACGCCCAAAACGGCUACCAGUACGAGCAACAGCAGCACGUGUCUGAGGAGGAAAGCAAGGGCUUCUGGUCCAAGUUGUGCUGCCAUUAA